AUGUUGUCAGGUAGCCGCCAUUGCAUGAGAACCAGAGCAGCUGCAGCUUCAGUCUCCGAAAAAUUCGUCCUGCCGAACCACGAGCCGCUCCUUUUUCUAUACCCUCGUUGUCUCUCAUCCCAGGUCAAUGGAUUUUCUACAAUACCAGCAGGGUUCCCAUUGGGGAACAAACGGCGAUCAAAGCUCAUAUGUAAGAGCAGCUUACGACAAUCUUAUUGUGAUAAAUUGGUGAGACAUUCGUCCCAGCUCACCGCGUCCGCAAACCACCUACCAUCCGAUACCCAGACUGUACCUCCUCCAAAUGUAUUCGCCUCAUCGACCGAGCCGGAAUUGAGCGCGGCGGAUUCGAGUACGCCUUUUGGAAGGAUAGACUUAGAUAAUAAUUUGACGACCCCCGGUUCGGCCAUUGAAUCCGUGGACCGCGAUCCUGGAGGGUUAACUCGCCAUGUUCAGCCACAUGACUAUCAGGAUACACAUAGGGGAGGGGGAGAUGGAGUACCUCAAAAUUCGCGAAGUCCAUCACACGCUUCAUCCAACAGCGGGCGGUCUCAGCAAAAGGGAGCGCACCAAAAAGGCGGCCUACGGACAGCUACAGGGAAAAAUAGCUCUGAACCCACGGACUCCCCACCCCGUCACCAUGGCUGGCUAGGCAUCUCAAAACUAUUGCACCAAGAUAUAUCCAACAUACCUUUUGACCCAAACGACUUUCACGAGUGCUUGGAAAUAAUGAAUAUGAUGCUCGUAAUCGCAAAAGACAACGCUGAAAUCCAGGACACCAAGAAUACAAGUCAAAAGAUCAUCGAGUUGUCCGAGUACGAUGUCGUUAGGCUCGCGGGUGAUGAUUUGGAGAACUCAUGGGAUAUCUCGGUGGUUAGCGGCUGUCGAGUUCAUGUUCUUCCCCGAGGUCCCCAGGAUCGAGGACCCAUGCGGAAACUUCUCUUGUCGGGCUCGCCCAAGGCUAUAGAAAUGGGAGAAGACCAACUACGGAGUAACAUACACUCGCCCACGGAGCCUGCGCUCCCGCCAUUUACCCGCUACGACAAGCAGGGCAAUAACUCCCUUAUCCGCUCAGUUUGGACUGGCCGGCGAAUGAAAGCUGGAAAUGAAGGCGAUAUCGAGCGCACCCUACGUAAUUCUGGAUUAUGGUCAAAAAGACCGGGGACUCUAUUUCACCGCCGAAGACCACGGGUGGAUCGAGUCGACCAACUGCCGGUUCCAGAAACAUGGACUAUUCGAAGCCUUGCGGAUUAUGUUGAGAGUGUCACCAGCUUUCGCCAGACUAAAGCUCCGCAACGGAUUAUUUACGAUAAUGGAGACAUUCAUGCACAAGUGGUUAAAAAUAUUCUUCUUCGGCUUUGCCAUAAUCCAAGCAAUCGAAAGUUUUUCUCGGCACGAACCAUGAAUCUUGUUAUGUCCUACCUUUACCACCAUAAAUUUUUCCAAGAGCUUAAGGAUUUAUUUCCCCUAUUUGAAGAAUUCUUUACUACUCAAACCUUCAAUACGCUAUUGAGAUCCGCUGCCGCUAAUUAUAAUCUUGGUUUGUUUAAAUCAUAUUUAAGAAAUAUGAAGGAAUACCGAAUCCAGUUGAAUGAAUAUUCCUGGCUCGCCUUCUUGCAGGCCAUAGGAUCACAUGAUAUUCGAGCGAAUAUUCUCGACCGGAUAUAUCGGGAGGGAGUUUUAAAAGACCCCAAUAUCGUAAGGCUUGCUGUGAGUGCAGCAGUUCGCCACAAAUUUCGCGUUCAUCUAGAAAACGGAGGCAGCGGAUCCACUUUCAUCAAAGCAAUGAACAAUGAUUUUGGAGAAGACUGGAUCUCCACUUCUGCCGUUAACAAGUUGGUGCUGGAGACAUCUCUUGCAAAAAACCUACAAGCCCGUAAUGAUAUCCUCCAUUACUGUUGGCAGAGGGAGCUCAAACUUGACACCAUUACGCUGAACAAUGCCCUUCUUUACUAUGUUGAGAUGAAGCAUACGAGUUACGGAAUUCGGUUCUUCGCGAAGUUUACAAAAAUAUACGAGGCAAAGCCGAACUUGUUAACUUGGCAGCUGCUUUGGUACAUGGGCUGUCGCAGGAGGGCAUAUGCUCUCUGCCGGGCGAUAUGGAGGCAUGCCUGCCUAGAACGCUCAGCGACUGCUGGUAUUAUCAAGAUGGUCCUCCGGUCUCUUGCACGCCCGCUAGAACCGGGCCAUUCGUUGACAGUUGGACAGCGAUGGCAUACUCACCUGGGGAAAAUUGUCACUGGCAUUCUUCCCAGUUCAAAUAAUACGGACUCCGCUGGGAGACUGCCGUUUGACCCCAAAUUGGCGACCGUGGAAGAUUUGUGUUCGACUAAAGAUGAGCCUUUUCUAGGAUGGCGGGAGAAAGCCGCUGAGCAGUUGAUUCGAAAGGAUCUGGGUGCCGCAGCGACUCAUAUGCCAUCCAUUCCGUUGUCGGAUAUGCUGUUGAGAGCGAGUAAUCGAGAUACUUUCUGGCCCAAGAAACACAUGUUUGAUGUUCUCCAACAGAGAAAAAAUACCAUACCUUUCCCUGUUGAGCCUAAAUCUACCACUCGUGAAGAAUGGGCGGAAUUAGAGGCACGCCAUAGCAAGGAUAUCGCCGCUGUUUAUACUCGAUGUGAGAGGGAAGAUGUAGUGACGCUGCAUGAUGAUUUACCGGAUGUCAAGGUUGAAUAUGAGCCUCACGACAAAGCCCCGUGA